ACCUUAAGAGAUUUAAGCAGUUUGCAAUGAUUUGUCGGGUGGUUCUGUUGCUUUUGUUGGCUGCUGGCAGCCUGCUAGAAUUUGCCACAUCGAAUUCUCUGAGUCUCGUUGGCAUGCACAACUAUCCGGUGGAGCAGCACAGGCUGACGACGAGAGAUGGCUACAUCCUCACCAUAUUCCGCAUUCCAUAUGCCCAGCGUGAAGGCGGACGCAAGCAGGUUGCCUUCCUGCAGCAUGGCAUUACUGGCUCCUCCGACGAUUGGCUGCUCAACGGCCCCAACAGUGGGCUGCCAUUUCUGCUGGCCGAUGCGGGCUUUGACGUUUGGCUGGGCAACUCUCGAGGCAAUGAAAACGGACGCGCGCACAAGAAACUUGAUACGAUGAGGAUGCGCAGACACUUGGCCAGCGUAUUGCUGCCAUUCCGCAUCACGUGA